AUGACUCCCAAAUUUACGCCCGCCAUGAAUCCUACAGCGAAGGAUGAAGUCGUCGAUGAUGUUCCCGCCAAUCCAAAUUCCAAUCCCAAUGCAAACGACACGCCAAUCCCUUGGUCGGAGCUUUCUCUUUGCAACCAGAUCUUCUCCCGUCAUGAGGCCGUUCUCUGUUCCCACCUCGAAAUGCUAAGUAUGGUGAAGGGGCAGAUUGCUUCGGAGGUCAAUGGGCUCCAGACCGUCUCGUCAAUGGUGAACAAAACCGUAUUGGCAAUGAACCAACUGAAGAUAGCUAGAAAGCAUAUGAUGAGCAAAAACGCUACACCCAGCUCCUCCAGCUCCUCAAACCCCACACAGUCGACUGACACAGAGGCCAAUACCCGCAAGAAAAGGCGCAGAAUCUCUCGGGAUAACGACACAGCCCGUCCUGGGCCCGCGGACGAAAUACGAGCGCCCAAACGACACCGUGAUUCUUCCUCCCAGCCAACACCUGAGCAAGAUGGAGAGUUCACGUCAACGUCACUUGGAACAGAGGAUAUUUCAGCAGAAGUCCAGCGACGGCUGAAAAUAAAGGAGGAGCAACGUUUGAAGAAAGAAAACCCCAAAGCGGAUAAACGUAAGCGCGGCAGUCUCGUGUCGAAUGAAGGUGAACCGUCUAUUGCAUCCAAACCUCGGAAGAAACGGCUUAGGCUGGAGAAUGAGCAUAAGAGAAGUGGUGAAUUGAUGGAUAAUGACGCGGACGCUCCAAAGAAGAAACGACGCAGAUCGCCUUAA